GAAGUGUCUUAGAGUAAUCCUUCUUGAAGUACGAAGAAACACGUUUUUUUUCUGUUGCUUUUUCGGUUUCAGUUAGUGAAUUCUUCGGUUUCAGAAUGAGAGAUACGCCUUUAUCAAACUGCGAACGAGAAUUUCUUCUUGAUAUAAUCAAGGAGAGAAAGAGGCUUGAUGGUCGUCAACCCUAUGAUUAUCGGCAUAUGAAGAUUUCUUUUGGAUCAAGUCAGGGAUGUUGUCAAGUAGAACUGGGUCAAACGAGAGUGUUGUCACAGGUAUCAUGUGAAGUGACCCUUCCUAAACUACGUCGACCAACAGAAGGAAUCUUAUUUGUCAAUGUGGAGUUAUCACCCAUGGCCAGUGCAAGUUUUGAGCAGGGAAGGCUUACAGAAGAAGGAGUUGAGCUGUCAAGACUUUUGGAGCGUUGUCUGAAGGAAUCUCACUGUGUGGACUUGGAAUCACUUUGUAUUAUUGCUGGUGCAAAGGUUUGGUCUAUCAGAGUUGAUAUCCACAUUCUUAAUCAUGAUGGGAAUAUGCUGGACUGUUCCAGCAUAGCAGCCAUUUCAGCACUCGCACACUUUCGGAGGCCUGAUGUAACUGUGAAAGGGGAGGAAGUAACAAUUCACACUUCAGAAGAGCGAGAUCCUAUUCCACUCAGCCUCCAUCACAUGCCACUUUGCGUUUCCUUUGCUUUCUUCCAUCAAGGAAAAUACCUUCUAGUUGACCCAGGUGAGCUUGAAGAGCGUGUAAUGGAUGGUAAAAUGGUGAUAGGAAUGAACAAACACAGAGAGAUUUGUAUGCUUCAGAUUACGGGCCAGAUGUUGCUACUGAAAGAACAGGUUUUGCGUUGCUCAAACAUUGCUGUGGUCAAAGUCAUGGAGAUGACAGAACUUAUUCAAGAAGCUUUGUUAAAUGACAAAUCUUCCAGAGCAAAAGGACUAAAGUGUGGAUUUGCUGAGUCUGCCACUAAAAGGAAGGUCAACAGAACAUGGAAAGAGGCCAUGGAUGUGAAUUCUGUUCCUGGAUGUGAAGUGCCUAGUGAUUCUGAUAGUGAAAGUGAUGAAGAUGUAGAAUCAAAAAUUUCUGAGAGGGGUGAUGUGAAUGUUUUGGGGCAUGGUGUUGGAGCUAUUGGAAAGAGUGCAGUCAGUAAGUGGUUUGAGGAGAAUACUGAUGACAUGGAGAAGGAACUAGAGGAGGAGCGUAAUAAAUCAGUUCACACCAACAGUUCACAGCAAGAAAAAGCAAUGACAGCUGUUAUGCCUGCUGACAUUAGUGGGGAUCAUGAAGGAGAUAGCGAAGAGGAGGCAAUUCAGAUCUUAGAUAAGGAUUUAAAACUACAACCAAUGGAAACUGAACAGCCCGCAAACCAGCUGUCCAAGCUCAAGCAGAAACCAGACAAAAAGUCAAGUGUAUCUGGCGGAAAGAAAAAAAGAAAAUAAAAUUUUGAAAACAUG